AUGGGGAAGAAAAAUAAAAAGCUCAAAGAACUUACGGGCGAGGGAUAUCGCAACAUCAGCGACUUGUUGCUACAGAGGCCUAGGCCCAAGAUGGUGGGGCAACCAGACCGCAGCUCCUCUACCUCCUCAGAUGCCGAUCCCCUUAAUGUGCCUGAUGCAAUACCGGACCCUGGGGGCCUGAAUACCCAUCUGUCUGCAGCUGAAUUCAAUACCCCAGCCACCAAAGGGGAUAUCCUGGAGCUGAUGACGAACAUGAGGAAGUUCUUCAAUGCAGACCUGGCGGUUGUCAGAGAGGAAAUCACGGAAAUUACGGCUCAAGCAAACGGUCAUAUCAGCCAUAGCCCAAAGACAGACAGGCACCGCCGAACAACAAGCUCAACUCCACAUCACACAGCAGACACUGUCUCACCAGCUGGACGCACUGGACGAUUACCGGCAAUGCAAAAAUGUCCAAGUCAGGGGCAUAGCUGA